AUGGGUACACUUACCUGCGACUUACCUUCAAGUGAGGCCAACAAAGCAGCCCGAAAAAACCAAACCCAAUAUAAGAUUAGCAAAGCCGACAAGAAAGGGAGCCAAAACAAUCUAGCCCGACGAGCAGAUGCCCCAGUGUAUAUCCGCGCUCUUAAAGCAAUUAAGAAGCGAGACGCCUUCACUAUGCGAAAUAUUCAUACCUUUAACAUCGAACUCGCAAUUUAUUUCGCUCGGAAUAGAAUCCUAAUGUGGGCAGAGGGUCAUCCAAUUCGCGCUCCGCCUCCUGAGUCAGAAAACUUGGACCAACUUAUGGCAUUCCCACUCUGUCGAAAUGAUAUACCAUCGACUGGGCCCAUUGGAGAUGCACUAAAAAUUCUUCGGGGUCGUCCAAAACCAUCACUCUUCCCAGUUUAA